AUGUUUGUCUUUAAAAUUUGGCCUCGAUCCCCUCCUUGUUUUCUACAGAUAUUCAUUCAUUCGUCUCAUCUGUUGUAUUUGGUUAGCGUAAACCUUCCCUCUUUGUUUAUUUCGUUUUUGCUUUCUUUUAUUUUAUUUCUGUCUUCAUGUCUUUCUUUCUUUCUACUGAAGAAACUAAUUUUCCUGUUCAAUGACUUGCACUUUUUUUUUUACUUCAAUGGUUUUCUUUUUUUAUUGAUAUUUCUUUUCUGUUUUUCUGUAACUUUCAAUAUUUCCCUUUUGAGAGUUCUUCAUUUCAUUCAUUUCCGUCUUUCCUCUCGACCUUAUCAUUUAUCAGCACUUUUACUUAAGCCCACUUCUCAUUCUUUUUUUCAUUUUUUUUUAUAUUUUACCCACUCUCAUUUCUUUAACUUUUCAAUUUUUCUUCUCUUUUUCCCACAGAUUUCUUUCUUUUUUUCCAUUUUACUUUUGUACUUUUUUCUUUAUUUUCUUUUAUUUUCUUUCCGUUAUUCCUUCCUUUCCUUCCUUCCUUUUCUUCCUUUCUUCUUUUCCUUCAUUCCUUCCUUCUUUCCUCUCCUUCCUUCCUUCCUUCCUCUCGCUGUAUUUUCUGUUAUUGCCUUGAUUUUUAUUCUUUCUUUUCAAAAUUUUUUUUUCUUUUUUUUUUCUUUUGGUUUGUUUCUUUUUGUUCCCUUUUUUCCAUUUUUGUUUUUUCGAAUAUUUUUUAUCGAAAUAUUUCCUUUAUUUGUGUACUUUAAUAAAAAAAUCUUUCUUUCUAUUUUCUUUCUUUCUUUCUAA